GGAGCUCCGGGAGGCCCAGGGUGUGCGGACGAGGUGGACCGGGAUUGCAGGGAGGGGACGGCUGGGGCGUCAGCGGUUGUUCCCGCAGCCUCAAAGCCCGAACCCCGCCAGCCUCUCUUAGUGCAGGCUUGGGCUAACCCAUCUUGCCUGGAAGCAUUAGGUGCUUAGUGUAAACAGGCUGCGUGUGGGUGGCGUCUGGCUGUGUCCCUACACUGGCCUCUUACUGCCUGCGUCACCUCGAGGGAGGCCCAGGCGGAGGUACAUGGUCUGGAGGAAUGAGCGCCCUCCAGGAUGGCCAGGCCGCAGGGGCUUUAGUCGUGGGAAGGUGGUGGGUACUCAGCCCUGUAGUCCCAGGACUCCUUCCCUCAGCCCAGCUCGUGCGGAGCCCUUUCCAGGGAAGCGCCCUUCAAGGCGCCAGCUUCGAGCAGUGUCUGUGCCUCCGGCGCAGUUCACCGAGGCCUGGCAGCCUGCGCCGCAUCGGGUGCUCCCCACCCCCCGCGGGGCCUCAGUACACUGUUUCAAUGCUUCUACCACGGAAAAAUGCACACAUCAGUUGGCAGCCCACAGACGACUCUCCACUGGCACCCACUUCCAGUCUCUUCUCACCUGCCCACAGGGAGAGCCAGGUUCCCGUUCAGCCGCCCGGAGCUCCUGAAGGAGUGGGUGCUCAACAUCGGCCGGGUCAACUUCAAGCCCAAGCAACACACGGUCAUCUGUUCUGAGCACUUCAGACCUGAGUGCUUCAGCGCCUUCGGGAACCGCAAGAACCUCAAACACAAUGCCGUGCCCACCGUGUUUGCUUUUCAGAACCCCGCACAGGUCUGUCCUGAGGUGGGGGCUGGUGGGGACGGCACACUGGAAGAGUUUCAGCCUCCAGACACUGAAGGCCCUGUGAAACAGGUCUUACCAGAGAGAACAGAAGCAAUGGAGGCUUCUGGCCUGCCAGCCGGCCCCAUGGGGUUAGAACGGCCCUUCCAGGGACAGCCGUCGGAUCACAGCUAUGCCCUUUUGGACUUGGAUACCCUGAAAAAGAAACUCUUCCUCACGCUGAAGGAAAACAAGAGGCUCCGGAAACGACUGAGGGCCCAGAGGCUGCUGCUUCGGAGGACGUGUAGCCGCCUGCGAGCCUACAGAGAGGGACAGCGGGGACCACGGGUCAGACGGCCAGCACAGCAGAACUGAGCCCGAGGAGGCUCUGGGAUGUGAGGAAGUGUGCACAUUCCUACUACUGGUGCUGCAAGGCACCUUGAGACUGGCUAGAUAGGAUGCCCUCGUCAGGGGAGGGCCCAAGUGCUGGGGAACCAGAGGCACAAUCUCGGGUCUCCUGGGCUGAGGAUGGCAGCUGUGGGCCUGUCUUGUAACAGUGACCAAAUGUUAGGAGUUGUCACAGCCCUGCCAGAGAUAGCUCCCCGAGGGAGAGGUGGCCAUUCCUGCAGUCCACCUCCAGGAACACGGCUAGUCUGUGGGGUCGUUCUCACCUUCCCAGAGGAGGAGUUCUGAGGGCAGGGCAAGGGUCUCCCGCACCAGCCUGUAUUUUUGACGACUCUUUCUGGCCUGGUCUGUGUAAAUGUGGAAUAAAUUCUUUGAACUCUA